AGCCUUUCUCACAUGCACACUCCUCAGAGGCAGGAAAUACUUUCCAGGCAAUCUGGGCCUGGUUGUGGAGGCCCCUUUCGCAAAACAUCAGUCUGAAUUUAGUAGACAGAAGUCACUAGGAAUGCCUUGACAGGAUCCUGCUUUAGCUAAGGCUCCCUCCAGCUGCGAAGGGUGUUUUUGUUAGAAUCACACAGUGCGUAAAACUGCUCAGAAUAGAGCCAUGAUCUCAACCACGAAAUGGGAACUUAGAUUUUGGAGAAACUAACGGGGACGGACUUCUUUCCUAGCCUGAGUGAUGAACAGUGGUGUCAUGCCUUGGCGUUUCAGCUCCUCGUUGUCUAGGUGGUGAAAUGAUAAAACUCACUCCCUUCUUUGAUUCGUGAAUUUGAAGUAGUCUUUCAUCAAGUUCCAUCUCCUUUAACCUCAUACGGAAUGUGUCUCUCUGUCUGUUGUUAAACUAUGAUGACAUGUCUGGAGCUAUCAGAAAGAGGAGCUGGGAAGAACAUGUGACCCGAUGGAUGGGACAGCCUUUUAAUCCUGAUGAUUAUAACACAGCAUGCCAUCAUGGACUAGUAGCUGACACUUUGCAGGCAAGUAUGGAAAAAGAUGAAACUCUAAAUGUGGACCGCAAGGAGAAGUGUGUUUCACUACCAGACUGUUGUCAUGGAUCAGAGUUGAGAGAAUUUUCUGGGAGGCCAAUGGGUUGCAUUUCAAAAGAGGUGGAGGAAGAUGAGAGCCAUGAAGGUGAAGAUCAGUUUCUGUCUCUGGAAGCCAGCACAGAAACACUCGUGCAUGUUUCUGAUGAAGAUAUCGAUUCUGACUUAUACCUUACAGAUGAUAAGCAGAUUUUAACUACCCAAGGGCAUAACGCACCAGGCCAAUGUACGAUGGAAGGAGCAGGCUCCUUAGUAAUGACACUGCCCAUUGUGGAAAGUAACCAAGAUUCUUAUAACUCCUGGGGAAUGGCUGGUAAGGCUGAUUUAGCACUGCUAGAAGAAAGUGGAGAGAGAAAAGUCACUGACACUAUAAGUAAAAGCCUGGAACUUUGCAAUGAUAUAAGCUUAAGUGGAAUAAACGAUGUGCCCAAAGUAAAUGCAUUUGAUACUUUGAAUGUAAAAGAUAUUGUGCCAGAGACACAGUUGCUUAAUUCUGCCAUAAUUGCUCAGCAACGAAGGAAACCCGACUUCCCUAAAGAUGAAAAUGAAAGAAACACCUGCAAUGUAGUACAAGGUGAGUUCUUGGCUAUUCCUUCUACAGACAGAGGACUACCGUCAUUAAAAGCAGAUAUUGGAAGCUGCCUUCUGCAGCCUCCUUCCUGCCGCAGUGGAAUGUCAGCUGAAGAUGGUCUGGAGAAGAGUGAUUUCUCAGAACAUCAAAACAAAAGUCCUCCAAAGGUCACAGCAGAAGAUGACAUGCAGUGUUUACACUUACAGGAGACUCUGGCCACCCAGGAACCCACAGAUAACCAAGUGAGACUUCGCAAAAGAAAGGAAAUAAGAGAAGAUCGAGACAGGGCGCGGCUGGACUCCAUGGUGCUGCUAAUCAUGAAACUGGACCAGCUUGACCAGGACAUCGAGAACGCUCUCAGCAGCAGCUCCACUCCAUCGGGUACACCAACGAACCUGCGACGGCACGUUCCUGAUCUGGAAUCAGGAUCUGAAAGUGGAGGAGACAGCAUUUCAGUGAAUCAGAAACAAGUAAACUUGUCUUCUAACACGGAGUCUCCUGAUCUACCACCUUUCACCCCAGUGGCCAAUUCUGGAACCAAACCCAAGACUACGGCUAUUCCAGGAAUUUCAGAGAAGGAAAAGGCUGAAAUCGAAGCCAAGGAAGCUUGUGACUGGCUACGGGCAACUGGUUUCCCCCAGUAUGCACAGCUUUAUGAGGAUCUCCUCUUCCCCAUCGAUAUUUCCCUGGUCAAGAGAGAGCAUGACUUUUUGGACAGAGAUGCCAUUGAGGCUCUAUGCAGGCGCCUAAAUACUUUAAACAAAUGUGCAGUGAUGAAGCUGGAAAUUAGUCCUCAUCGGAAAAGAAGUGAAGAUUCAGAUGAGGAUGAGCCCUGUGCCAUCAGUGGUAAAUGGACAUUCCAGAGGGAUAGCAAGAGGUGGUCCCGGCUUGAAGAGUUUGAUGUCUUUUCCCCAAAUCAAGACCCGAUCCCCGGGUCCCCGGACGAUUCCGGCCCGAAGAGUGCCACGAGCUCCAGAGACCCGCGGACUGACCCCAGCGAUCACCAGGAGGUGUCCUCCGUCCUCAGCCUGAGUAGCACCAGCAGCCUCCCAAGCCACGCGCCCCCCAGCGAGGACGCUGCGACCCCCUGGACUAACUCCGUCAUCAGCAUCUGCUCCUCCAGCAACUUGGCAGGCAAUGACGACUCUUUCUGCAGCCUGCCCUCUCCCAAGGAACUGUCCAGCUUCAGCUUUAGCAUGAAAGGCCAUGAGAAAAACGCCAAGUCCAAGACGCGCAGUCUGCUGAAACGGAUGGAGAGCCUGAAGCUCAAGGGCUCCCACCACAGCAAGCACAAAGCACCCUCCAAGCUGGGCCUGAUCAUCAGUGGGCCCAUCCUGCAGGAAGGCAUGAACGAGGAGAAGCUGAAGCAGCUGAACUGCGUGGAGAUCUCCGCCCUCAACGGCAACUGCAUCAACGUCCCCAUGGUACGAAAGAGGAGCGUGUCCAACUCCACGCAGACCAGCAGCAGCAGCAGCCAGUCUGAGACCAGCAGCGCGGUCAGCACGCCCAGCCCUGUCACCAGGACCCGGAGCCUCAGCGCCUGCAGCAAGCGGGUGGGCAUGUAUCUGGAAGGCUUUGAUCCUUUCAAUCAGUCCACGUUCAACAAUGUGAUGGAACAGAACUUCAAAAACCGCGAGACCUACCCUGAGGACACGGUGUUCUACAUCCCCGAAGACCACAAGCCUGGCACUUUCCCCAAGGCCCUCUCCAAAGGCAGUUUCUCCCCCUCAGGGAAUAACAGCUCUGUGAACUGGAGGACUGGAAGCUUCCACGGUCCUGGACAUAUCAGCCUGAGGAGGGACAACAGCAGUGGCAGCCCCAAGGAACUGAAGAGACGCAAUUCCUCGAGUUCUACGAGCAGCCGUCUGAGCAUCUACGACAACGUGCCGGGCUCCAUCCUCUACUCCAGUUCAGGUGACCUGGCUGACCUGGAGAAUGAGGACAUCUUCCCCGAGCUGGAUGACAUCCUCUAUCACGUGAAGGGGAUGCAGCGGAUAGUCAAUCAGUGGUCGGAGAAGUUUUCCGAUGAGGGAGACUCCGACUCAGCCCUGGAUUCCGUCUCUCCGUGUCCGUCCUCUCCAAAACAGAUACAUCUGGAUGUGGACAAUGACCGAACCACGCCUAGUGACCUGGACAGCACAGGCAACUCCCUCAAUGAACCUGAAGAACCCUCCGACAUCCCAGAAAGAAGGGAUUCUGGGGUUGGGGCUUCCCUGACCAGGUCCAACAGGCACCGACUGAGAUGGCACAGUUUCCAGAGCUCUCAUCGGCCGAGCCUCAACUCUGUAUCACUGCAGAUUAACUGCCAGUCUGUGGCCCAGAUGAACCUGCUGCAGAAAUACUCACUCCUAAAGUUAACAGCCCUGCUGGAGAAAUACACCCCUUCUAACAAGCAUGGUUUUAGCUGGGCUGUACCCAAGUUCAUGAAAAGGAUCAAGGUUCCAGACUACAAGGACCGGAGCGUGUUCGGGGUCCCUCUGACAGUCAACAUUCAGCGCACAGGACAACCCUUGCCUCAGAGCAUUCAGCAGGCCAUGCGAUAUCUCCGAAACCAUUGUUUGGAUCAGGUGGGGCUCUUUAGAAAAUCGGGGGUCAAGUCUCGGAUUCAGGCUCUGAGGCAGAUGAACGAAGGUGCCAUAGACUGUGUCAGCUACGAAGGACAGUCUGCUUAUGACGUGGCAGACAUGCUGAAGCAGUAUUUUCGAGAUCUUCCUGAGCCACUAAUGACGAACAAACUCUCAGAAACAUUUCUACAGAUCUACCAGUAUGUGCCCAAGGACCAGCGCCUGCAGGCCAUCAAGGCUGCCAUCAUGCUCCUGCCUGAUGAAAACCGGGAGGUUCUGCAGACGCUGCUGUAUUUCUUGAGCGAUGUCACAGCAGCUGUGAAAGAAAACCAGAUGACUCCAACCAACCUGGCCGUGUGCUUAGCGCCUUCUCUAUUCCACCUCAACACCCUGAAGAGAGAGAAUUCCUCUCCAAGGGUCAUGCAAAGAAAACAAAGUUUGGGCAAACCAGAUCAGAAAGAUUUGAAUGAAAACCUAGCUGCCACUCAAGGGCUGGCCCAUAUGAUUGCUGAGUGCAAGAAGCUUUUCCAGGUUCCUGAGGAAAUGAGUCGAUGUCGUAAUUCUUACACAGAACAAGAGCUGAAGCCCCUCACUCUGGAAGCCCUGGGACGUCUGGGUAAUGACGACUCAGCUGACUACCAGCACUUCCUCCAGGACUGUGUGGAUGGCUUGUUCAAGGAAGUGAAAGAGAAGUUUAAAGGCUGGGUCAGCUACUCUACCUCUGAGCAGGCUGAGCUGUCCUAUAAGAAGGUCAGUGAAGGGCCCCCUCUAAGACUCUGGAGGUCAACCAUCGAAGUCCCUGCUCUGCCUGAGGAAAUCUUAAAGCGCCUACUUAAAGAACAGCACCUUUGGGAUAUAGACCUGCUGGAUUCUAAAGUGAUUGAAAUCCUGGACAGUCAGACUGAAAUUUACCAGUAUGUCCAAAACAGUAUGGCACCCCACCCUGCUCGGGACUACGUUGUUUUAAGGACCUGGAGGACUAAUUUACCCAAAGGAGCAUGUGCCCUUUUACUCACCUCUGUGGAUCACGACCGGGCCCCUGUGGUGGGUGUGAGGGUUAACGUGCUGUUGUCCAGGUAUUUGAUUGAACCCUGCGGGCCAGGAAAAUCCAAACUCACCUACAUGUGCAGAGCUGAUUUAAGGGGCCACAUGCCAGAGUGGUACACAAAAUCUUUUGGACAUUUGUGUGCAGCUGAAGUUGUAAAGAUCCGGGACUCCUUCAGUAACCAGAACACUGAAAGCAAAGACAGCAAAUCUAGGUGAUUACUGAAGCAAGACAACUGCCUCCACCACCUGGGUAUUUGGCUUCUAGAACUUUGGCGGUCCUUGGAAGAAUGGGUUCUGUGUCUGAUCCUGAAACAAAGAAAACUACAAAUUGGGAGUAUAGGAAUUGACUAUGGUGGUUUGAUACGUUUUUAAAGCUGCUUCCUGUUUGUUUAAGGUCUAUAUGAAUAGACCUUGACUGGAAUUUAUAAGAUUGUGCAAAAAAACAAAAAAGUGUUUGUAUUCUUAUUCAGAUUGCUUCUGAGAAGCAAAACUCUUUAAAUACAUUACGGAAGAUAAUGAAGAUACUUCGUUAUUUUGUGAUAUUGGUGUAUGUAUACCUGUGUCAUUUUAUGUGCAGUGUGUUGAGGGACUGGUGUAUCCACUGGAAUAGUUGGUACUCUUUGACAUGUUUUCUCACCGAGAUGAGCAAAAGAAAGGUUUGCACAGAGGAGUGUGAAUGUGUUUGUUGCUGGUUGAAUGGCCAUAGAUGUAUACGAUGGGUUCAGUGUCUGGCACACUGAGACGCCUCCAAGAAGGAGAUUGAUGAAUCAGGUUCAGUUUAACCUGGAAUAUCUGACUACCCAUGGAUCCAUCCAGAAAGGGGCCCAACACCUUUGUUCAUUUAUUAUUUGUUUUCCAAGUUGCUAAAUGUAUUCCUUCUCCAUGAACCUCUUCUGUACUUGGGUUAUAAUAGAUUUACUCUGAUACCCGUUUCAAAUGCCAUUUGUUUUUAGACUCAAUUGCAAAUAGUGAUGUAUUUUAGCCAGUAUAGAUUAGUUUAGCGAUGAGCCCACUCCAGCUCCAAAGCACAGGGGUUUUUUUUGUUUUGUUUUUAAGUAGAGACAUAAACACUGAACAUUCUAACAUUUACUCUUGAAUCAAGCAUCAAAACUUUUUCCCUGUUAGAAUUCUUUGCAUUUUCAUUUUUUAUGAAGAAACUCUUUCUACCUUAAAUGAAUCAUCUGCGUAUGGGAACAUAGGAAACUGUGUGUGUCCCAAGGAAGUCCCUAACAUUUAACCCAACCACAGAAGGCAUUUUUUUUUUCUUGUUAACAGCAUUCCUAAAAGCCGUACAUGCUUAAUUGGGUUUGUUCUUCUUAUCAGCAAAUAGGUUUUCUGGUUUAAUGAAAUUUUUGUUUUAUUUUUUCUUAUGUUUGUUUUUCUUUUCCUUUGGAAUGCCCUUGAAAUAUAUUUUUAGUGGUAAUGGACAAUAGUAAUCUUAGUGAAAACAACAAACAAACAAACCAGUGCAGUUUUUUGGAAGGGUGGUCUUUAUUCGGGUUUUACUGUAAUGGUAAAGAUUGACUCAAGAGACAGUAUUAGUAAAUUUAUUUUGUAUGGAUCAAAAGUGAAAAAUGUAUGAAUGAGAGUUGUAAGAAGGAUUUUUAUUUUGUUGUGACAUAAUUUAGUUGCCAUUAUCAGUGUUAUUUCAGAGGUUCUUUGAAGAAGUUCCGGGAGUCAGAUUAGAGUUUUAAAAUUGGAGUAUUUUGGAUAUCAACGUUCCUCAUGAAGAUAUACUUGUAUAUCCAAUUUUGAUGGCUUUCAGACUUGUAAGAUUGUAUGUUGUAUAUAACAUUCUAUUAUGAAACAUGUACACAUGUCCACUGUGCUUUCAAACAUAGAUAAAGCAUGAUAAAGAUUAUUAUUUAAAAUAUACUUGUAUUUAUACCUCAGAUAUUCUUUUGGGUUUUGUACCUCAAGGCUCCCCCCGCAUUGUAAAUACACUUUACAUGAAUACAGUCUAAGUGAGAAAAAUAAAUAAAAGGAAGAGGUUUAUAACUUGCUCUAUAUCUGUACAGAAUAUAAUCAAUAAGUGCACUAUUAAAUGUUUAAAGUAAGGGAAACGUCUGGCCUACUUUCCUUUGUAUAAUUGCAUUGCACUCCCACCCUUAAAGCCAGAGUUUGCAAAGCACAGCAUUCUAGCAUCAACUAAAAUCAAAAGAUAGGUUUGCUGAAGGCAAAAAUUUGACUGCAGAUCAUUCCAAGGCCAAACUGCAAUUGAGCCACUCACUCACAAACAGGAAACCCUGGUGAAGGUUCAGGAAGCAUGGGGACACUCUCCAAACAAAGCUCCAGUUAGGAAACGAUGCUGAGAAAGUUACAAGAAGAAACAACAAGAGAAAAGAUGCUCAUAAGCAAAGUCAAGGUCACCGAUUAAUUCCACUAAAGGUCUCUUUCCCACUGUUUAACAGCUUCCCUGUUGAAAGGAUUCCUUACAUAUUUGACAAGAGAAGAAUUUGAAGGAUAUGAACAUGCUCAAGAACUCUGCUGAAGUCUUCCAAAGCAUUAUCACUACAACUUAUUUGUGUGACUAAUUGCCUAGAUUGUAAGCUCUUUGAGGGCAGGGCUCGUCUCCUAUACGUCUUUAUAAUCCUCUGUAGCAGCUUUCAGUAUUUUGUAUGUGUAGGCACCUAAUAAAUUUAUUAUUUGCUAAACUGA